UGCUUGUACUGAUUUACGGUACGGGUAUACUAGCAGAGCGGCCUUCUCUCCAUUUUAUCUUCGAAUGCAACCGAUGUUGUGUGUGCUUCAGUUUCGAUAGAAAAUCACCUCUCCCGUUGUUCGAAGGAGCCAUGGAAACUGCGGCAGUGUUUCUUCACUCCAACACUAUCCCAGUUCAUUCUCCUGUAAUCGGUAACCGAAAGUUUUCUUUGAGGCAUUUUAGCAAACACCUGCAAGGUAAUGUAGCCAGAAAUAGCUUUCAGUCUCUACAGAGCCUCAAACCCAUUAGAAACCCUUCGGGUUUCUCGUUUCCCUUGCGCCAUUCAGAAUUGUUGUUGCGAAAGCGGAGAAUUUGUCUGCUUCCUCCUUCGAAAUGCUCAUAUUCCGACACCACAAGCUCAGAUUCUGAAAACCCAUUUCUUAAAGCCUUGAAAAACCUUUCUUUUGAUUCAAUGAAAACAGCUCUUUCGCAAUUGACCCCUGUAAGUGUUCUCAAAUGGUCGGUUAUGUUGUCUGUUGCAAUUGCAGCUACGAAGUGGGCUCUGGGUUUGGUUUUCAACCCAUUCUUUUUGAUGUAUUUUAGCUGGACUUGGUUGUUCUGGCCGUGGGUUGUUGCUUUACUGCUUGCAGUUUACGGGAUGUAUUGUUUUUGGAAGCAUUCACUUGGGGAAGCAAACGUAUUUGAGCAACUUUCUAUAGUCACCUCUGUGUUCACUUGGCUGACUCUGGUACCCCCUGCCUGUUUUAAUGGCUACCUUGAAGGCUGGCCCUUUGUGUUCUUCUUCGUGUACCAUUAUUUCUUUUUCUUCAAUGUUAGUGUAAGAAGACGGUUAUAUGGAGAUUACUAUCCCCGCCCGCAUGACCCUAAGUGGGAUGUGAACCUGCCUAAGUGGUGUCGCAUGUUGUUCUGUGCUGGAGUAAUGGUUGCGCAUUGGGUUGCAGCAUUUGAAGCGCCAGAGCUGCACAAUAUACCAGGGGGUUGGAGCAAUGUUGGAAUUUGGAUUUUGAUACUAGUAACUCUGUUAAUGCAGUAUAAUUCUACAUUGUAUCUUGCAAAGUACUCAGAGAAGAUUGUGGUGCCUACAGCUGUUGUGCAAUUUGGGCCAUACAGAUUGGUCCGACACCCAUUAUAUGCAUCUACAAUGCUUCUUUUUGUAACAUAUUUUCUUGCACUUCGGGCACCUUUGAGCUUGCUGUUUGUUGUAGCAGUUUGUUUGAUGUAUUAUGAGCAGAAAGCAAAAUUGGAGGAGGCUGUAAUGGUAGAGGCUUUUGGGGAUAGUUAUUUGCAGUAUGCUGUUAGAGUUAAGUACAAGUUCAUACCUUUUCUGUACUAGCUGCAAAAGUGAUGGUGAUGCAUACAAUCCAGGUUUCUCCAAGACCUUUCAAAAUCCUGUUCCAUGCGAUCGUUGAAUCAUGCCACAGAAAUGAAGUCGUCCUCACAAACCAUUGCUCCAAGUGAUAAAUGGAAAUAGAGGUGAAUAUAUAUAUCUUACAACCUUGCAAGCAGAUUAUGCUUGUUGUUUGGAGGAUUGAUUGAGAUGCUGUUGUCUUUACAUUUCAAUGGGACAAUUCUUAAGAAAGAUGCGCAGGUGGAGACUGUAUUGUGUCCGAGCUUCUUUCAUUGUUUCAUUCAUUGGAUGUAACAAACAUUUCAAUCAUUAAAAUUAUCAUGCUAUU